AUGGCCUUCUAUGAGCCUCGUUCUCCCGACACGCCCCGUGGAACGUCCUUGGGCUCAAUUGACUUCAACCGUUUGCGCUCUGCUGCCCCUUCUUUCUACAUUCGUAUGAACCGCGGGCCAGCAUAUCCGGUUACUAUCAACCACGGAGUAGAAGCCACCUAUCAUACAGCUUCUCCCUCCACUUUUAAAAAACCUCAGAUGCUCUUUGACUUUGCACUAAUUACUUGA